AUGUCAGUUUCAUCAUCAGUGCUGUAUCCAUACAGCAUUCAGUUGAAGAAUGUCACUGAAGUCACCAUGUUUAUAUUGCUGGGCUUCACAGAUGAUUGUGAGCUGCAAGUCUAUCUCUUUCUACUAUUUCUGGCAAUCUAUAUUUUUACUCUGGUAGGAAAUUUGGGACUGGUUUUUUUAGUCAUGGUAGAUUCCCGGCUCCACAACCCCAUGUACUAUUUUCUGAGUGUAUUAUCUUUCUUAGAUGCCUGUUAUUCUUCAGUUGUCACCCCCAAAAUGUUGGUCAAUUUCCUGGCAGAGAAUAAAGCCAUUUCAUUCUUUGGAUGUGCUGCACAGAUGCUGCUCUUUGUAACUUUUGGGAGCACAGAAUGCUUUCUCUUGGCUGCCAUGGCAUAUGAUCAUUACGAAGCAAUCUACAACCCACUCCUAUAUUCAGUUAACAUGUCACCCAGGGUCUACGUGACACUCAUCACUGCAUCUUAUGUUGCUGGUCUUUUGCAUGCUACUUUACACACUGUAGCAACUUUUCGCCUCCCCUUCUGUGCAUCCAAUGAAAUCAGACAUGUCUUUUGUGAUAUCCCUCCACUCAUUGCUCUCUCCUGUUCUGACACUUACAUCAACCAGCUUCUUCUCUUCUAUGUUGUGGGGUCUGUUGAGGUAUUUACUAUCCUGAUUGUCCUGAUCUCCUAUACUUUCAUUUUGGUGGCCAUUCUGAGGAUACAUUCUGCUGAAGGGAGGCGAAAAGUGUUUUCCACUUGUGGCUCUCACCUAACAGGAGUGUCAAUUUACCAUGGAACAAUCCUCUUCACAUAUGUAAGGCCAAGUUCCAGCUACGCUUCAGACCAUGACAUGAUAGUGUCUGUAUUUUACACCAUUGUGAUUCCCAUGCUGAAUCCCAUCAUUUACAGCUUGAGAAACAAGGAUGUAAAAGAUGCAAUGAAAAAACUGUUUGAGAGAAAAUGGUUUGUAAAAGUAUAUUUUUAG